AUGACUAGCUUGUCCAGAGAUGUUUUGAAAUGGCUGCAAAGUCUAGAUCUUGACAGCCAGAUAAAAAAUCCAAAAUGGGAUCUUUCGAACGGCUACGUUAUUGCAGAAAUUCUGUCUCGCUACUUCCCACAACAGAUCCUGAUUCAUUCAUUUUACAACGGAUGUUCCUUUGCGACGAAGAAGCAAAACUGGUUUAUUUUAAAAAACUUUUUUCUAAAAACUGACAUUGACCUGGAGAUGGAAAUAAUAAACGGAACAAUUCACUGUAAAGAGGGUGCAGCCGUUCGACUUCUAGAAACGUUGUAUGAAAACCUUACCAAUAAAAAGUUAAAGCGAACACUACCAGAUUUUGACGUAAUCACGCCAUAUUAUCUUCACCAAAAAUGCUUGCCCGCAUACCAAAGGACAACCGCUUCAAGGGCGGUGAAGAAUAAUCUCCGGUUAACUGAAAUACUUGCUGAUGAAGGCUUGUUUGACAGUGCACAGGGAGCACAGACAGUUAUCAACGAACACUUGGAGCAUCGUCGAUUGGAACGACUCUCCAAUCCCAAGAGAUUUGGAAUCAAACCAACACUUGGUGACUACUGUGUGAGGUCUAGUGGGCCAGCUAGGAAGCUGCGUUACGUUCCCAGCAACUAUUCAGGUGCUUCGGAAAAAAUGCCUGAACUGUACUGGAGGGAAAUCUGGGCAAAAUGUCCAUUUGUUUUCAGAGAUGAGUGA